AUGUCCUCCAAACGAGGUUCACCUUCAAGCGACACCGAAUCCUCCUCAAAAAGAGCAAGGAAUUACCCUGCAAUCAACGACUACAACAGAAAUUACCAAGAUUCCGACGCAGAUGCGACUCUCAUAUCUUCUGAUGGGUCGAGUUCAAGUAUCGUUUUUCGAGAUAUGCUGAUCAUCGGAGACAAUUCCGAUCGUAACAUUGAUCUCAGCGAUGAGACCAUCGAGCGAUCCUCGACUGUGUCUCUGUUCCUGCAGACAUGCCAGGGACAAACACCGAAACUCUCAACACAAAAUGAAGUCUUGUCUGAGUACAGCGACCUAAUCGACUUUUGCAAGAAAUACGAUGCUGCACCUGUUCUCCGAAUGAUAUCAGCUUCCCUAUAUCGAUGGUUCCAUGAGAUCGACCUCGGAUCAUGCCAUAUAUUUAUCCUGGGCUGCUUACUGGACACGCCAAAAGUGGUCGCCUUUGCCCUACGGAAUAGCAAGCCUCUGACGUGGUCGGCAAACAAGAUGCUUAUCACGGAGGAGGAGAAAGCAAAAGCUAGAAAUCCGAUCACUACCUUGGAAAAUAUAGUCGACGCCAGGUGGACAGACCCGAGCUCAUGGAGCAUUGAGUUGAUCGAGAUGAUUCCGGAAGCAUACCUAUUUGCCAUGCUCCGAGCUAAUAAACACGGUGGAACUGAUGCAGAAAAGGUGGCAGACGGCUUCGUACAAAUUAUGAAAGAAAUGGGUGAGUACACUGUAUGA